AUGUCGCCAGACGAGAUCCAGGCGCAGUUAAGCGAGCUCUUCUGCCCACCGCUCGAUACUACUCUUGUUGCAGCCAUUGCCUACGAGCCCGGACAGACACUUCAAAGCGCAAAGGAGGUUUGCCAGACGCUUGCUGCUGCUGCUGUGCCCGAUUCACAGCCAGAGCCAGCGUCUCCACCUCGACCCUCGCAGAAGGCUCAAGAAGAUGCCAGACCAUCGCGCUCCACCGGCGGAGCUUCGGCUCGAAGAAAAGCAUUUGGCAGUAAAUUGACGAAUGGAGAUGAUACCAGCUCUAAUGACACCGCUCCAUCCUCCUCAUCAAGAACAGCCACCACAAAUACGGCGUCCACAGACACCAGCACCACCGCCUCGACAAGCAGCUCGGCCCUCAGCUCACCACAGAACACCGCAGCAGACGCAGCAACCGUCGAACGACUCCUCAACGAAUGGUCUCUAAUCGACCAAACCUCGCAAGAUCCAGACAAUCUUCGCCUCACUGAUGAAGAUACUUCUGACACAGAAGCUUCCACAGCUGCCACUUCUGAACCUGGCCACCAGCUUCUCUCCUCCACUUGCCCACGUACAGCUGAAAAGCUGAUCCAAGCUGAGAGCGAAGAAGCGGUACGACUAGGCGAGCUUUCUGGAUCGCAUCCUAUCGAUCCAUCUUCUGUCGCUCCCGGGAGCUCUGAUGUGAAUGGUGCUGGGAGGAAGGACAUGAAGUACAGGGAUACUUUCGAUCCGGUGCUCUUCUUGCAACAUGCAUUUCCUUCGCGCACGGUCGAGUUUCUAAGGGAGACAUUUAAUGAUUCGCAUGGAGAUGUGCAGACGACGUUGGAUACGAUUAUGACUAUUGAUCUGAUUGAAGCGGAGGAUGCGAGGAGUGCUAUUGCUUCCCAAGCAUCUGCUUCUAGUGGCGGUGAAACACGCAAAGGGGGAGGAUUGGAUUACGAAGCGCUCGUCAACGGCACUGGUGUAGCCGGGCCGGAAGAUCCCAACCUCAAAGGCAAGAAACGUCGCGCUGCUCGAAAGCGACUACAACAAGAACAGAGACUUGUCUCUACCGGAUUCCCAACCACUGGUGCUAAGGACAAAGGCAAGCUCACAGUCAACCUCACCGAUGCCCGUCACGGAGGCCCUUCUUCCAACACCCUCCUCAAAAAGCUCGCAGACACUCCUUCCUCACAACGAUCUCGCACCAGCACACCCCUCCCGCAACUGACAGACGAAGAAUUAGCAGCUAAACUCGCCGCCGAGGAAGAAGCCGCUUCUCGUGACCCAGACGCAGAUCGACCAGUAUCGGACAAUCAAUGGCUUCUCACCUCCUCCGUCCUCGCACAACUUUCGACUCUACUGGACAUCGAGUCGAGCAAAACCACAUCCACGUACAACUCUUCGUCCUUUAAUCUCGCGGUCUGUUUUGCAAGGCUACUCGAGGGGGAGGCGGACAAGUAUCCGACACUCUCAAGUCUGGACGAAGCGGGAGACGCGCCUAGUGGGACAGCGGAGAACAUAGCAAAUGGCAUUGCGGCUAUUAGAGGAGUGACGCAGAGUGCAGCGAGUAAAGCGUUGAGGGCGACCAAGGGGAGACAGGAUGCAGCGUUGGAUUUGUUACAAUUGCAAGGGUUGGUGCAGCAGCAGGUGGGUGAGGUGGACGCGUUGGAUCCGAUGGGUAGGUUGAGGGAGUUAGGUGCUGCAGAAGUGCCGAAGAGUGUUGAAGCUGCUAGUGUUAAGGGCUAUGUUAUCGAUGCUCGUGCAGGAGAAGGCAAGUUUGUAAAGACCUUCCCCAAUCCAUCACAGGCUGCGCUCGCGAAGGGCAAUUCAAAUGGCGGUGGAGGAAGUUUCUACUCGAAUGUCGUUGGCCGCAAGAUGCCCGGCCCUACUUCUGGUGCAGCAGAGGCUUUCCGAUCAGGCUCAGCCGUCGCAUCCGUCUUCCCUGCCAGUUCUGCAUUCGUCAACCCCGCAGCAGAUAACGACCUUCUGAACGACCCAGUCGCAAUCGAAAGAGGUCUUGCCUCCCACACAGCCCACUACGACCCCUUACGUCGUAUGACAGAAUACCGUCUCGUAGCUGAAGGAUACCGCAUGCGUCGAGAUGAAGUCCUUCGCAAGGCUGCUUCCGCCUGGAAGACUCAACGUGGCGGUGUCCGUACCGGAGGCAAAGGUGGCGACGGUGGUAGAGGUGGUAUUGCAUGGCACUAUGCUGACGAAGCCCGUCGUUUAGACGCAAAAUCACGCGCUUGGUCCCUUCGUGCUUCCCAAGCUCUUGUCGAAGAUCGCCGUAGAGCAGCCAUCGGUGUUGUCCGACCAGGUACGCAGCCUACAGCAUUCAAUACCGUGGCGAGCAACACGAUCGACCUGCACGGUGUGACGGUGCAUGAAGCAUUGUCGAUUGUGAGGGAGCAGGUGACGAGGUGGUACGCGCGACCUGGGCCGGGGAUGAAUCCACCACCGUUCAAGAUCAUCACGGGUGUCGGGAGACAUUCGCCUCAUCAGAUUGCUGUAUUGCGUCCGGCAGUUGCUAAGAUGUUGGAUAGAGAAGGGUGGAGAUACGAUGUGGAUCAUUCGCGAGGUGCGAUAAUUGUUCGUGGGACCAAGUAG